ACACACCACAGAGACAGGAGGUGGAGCUCUGUUCAUCAGUCACACACCACAGAGACAGGAGGCGGAGCUCUGUUCAUCAGCUCUGACGUUAUUUUGAUAUAUAUGGAGAAAGUGAAAGAUGCCUCAUCUGAUUUGUUAUUGAGGCUGUGUGAUGAUUUCCUCUCGUCUUUCUAAUAAGGUAACAGUGAGUGUGAUUGGCGGCCGUCUCUCUCCCUCUGUCUGUCUCUCUGUCUGUCUCUCUGUAGGGGGCUGAAUGAGGGGAUACACUUCUCUCAGUCUCUCUGGGCGAGUGGAGGUGAACACAUCGUGUACAGCGAGGAGGGAGAUGGAAAUCUGUCUGACUUUAAUUCUUCUCUCAUCCACACUCACACUCACAGCAGCUGACAGUGUGAGGUUGGUGAAUGGUGGAAGUCGCUGUUCUGGGAGAGUGGAGGUUCUUCAUGAUGGACAGUGGGGAACAGUGUGUGGUGUUAACUGGGAUAUGAACGAUGCUGCAGUGGUGUGUAGAGAGCUGCACUGUGGGGAGGCUGUAAAUGCACCACAAUACGGUCACUUUGGACCAGGAUCAGGACCAAUCUGGAUGGAUGAUGUGAGCUGUAGAGGAUCAGAGUCGACACUGAAGGACUGUGGGUCAGCAGGGUGGGGGAAACAUGACUGUGAACAUGAUGAAGAUGCUGGAGUCACCUGCUCAGGUCACAGAAUGCCGAGACUCACUGCUGGUCCUCACCGGUGCUCUGGGACAGUGGAGGUGUUUCAUGGAGGUUCCUGGUCCACAGUGUGUGAUGCUGACUUUGACCAGCAGGAUGCAGAGGUUGUGUGUCGAGAGCUGGACUGUGGGAUUCCUGUGAAGGUUCUGGGAUCAGCUGCUUUUGGACGAGGGGAGGGUCAGGUGUGGACAGAGGAGCUUCAGUGUAGAGGAAACGAAUCUGACAUUACCUUCUGUCCAACAUCAUCUUCACUCAAACACUCAACCUGUUCCCAUGACAACGAUGUGGGAUUAAUAUGUUCUGGUCACACAGAGGCGCGGCUGGUGAACGGACCGGACUCCUGUUCUGGUCGAGUGGAGCUCCUGUACCUCGGUGUGUGGGGCACAGUUUGUGCUGUAAGCUGGGAUAUGAGAGCUGCAGAUGUUCUGUGUGCACAGCUGGAUUGUGGGAGUGCUGUGGCUGUGGUGGAGGUGGACUGGUUUGGGGAGGGGAGUAACCACAUCUGGGCUGAUGUGUUUGAUUGUCAGGGGAAGGAGACACACCUAUCACAAUGUGGCGUCUCAUCAUGGAGUCGAGCUGCAUGCUCUCAUAAACAUGACGCUGGAGUCAUCUGUAAUGGAUCCUCUGUGGCGCUUCAUGAGGGGCGAGUGCGGUUGUCUGGAGGGAGCGAGUGUCAGGGGGAGGUGGAGAUUUAUUUCAGUCAGGACUGGAGGAGAGUUCUCCUGGACUCGUGGAGUCUGUCUGAGGCGUCUGUGCUCUGCAGACAGCUGGGCUGUGGCUCCGUGCUGAACUACCGCUCCUCUCCAUCCACCACUGAACACAAACACAUGUGUGUAACAGGUUUCAGCUGCUCUGGGAGUGAAGAACAUCUGAGGAACUGCAGCAGUGCACAAGCUGAACCUGUCAACUGCAGCUCUGUGGAACAGCUCUACAUCACCUGUUCAGGUAUCUUUAACCCCACCAACAGCUCCAUCAGGCUGGUUGGUUCUGGGGGAGACUGUGCAGGAAGGCUGGAGGUUUUCCACAGCGGCUCGUGGGGGACUGUGUGUGAUGACUCGUGGGGUAUUGAGGAUGUUCAGGUGGUGUGCAGACAGCUGCAGUGUGGAGAGGCCCUCAGUAACCACAUACCAGCCUGGUUUGGUCCUGGAACUGGGUCCAUAUGGCUGAAUGAGGUGGAGUGUGAGGGGAACGAGACGUCCCUGUGGAACUGCAGAUAUCAGCUGUGUGAAGAGGGUGAAUGUGGACACCAUGAGGACGUAGGAGUCGUCUGCUCAGAGUUUAAAGAGAUCCGACUCACAAAGGGCUGUGAGGGGAAUCUGGAAGUGUUCUACAAUGGAACCUGGGGUAAUGUGUGUUACAAUCAGAUGGAUGAUGAGACGGCAAACAUGGUGUGUGGAGAGCUGAACUGUGGAAGACGUGGCAGUCUGUCAAACACUGAAGCACGAGUAAAAUCUGCUCCUAACUGGCUGGAUCAUGUGAAAUGUAGGAAACACGACUCUAAUCUGUUGCAGUGUCCAUCUUCACCCUGGGGACAGAACAGAUGUGAUAAUCAUGAUGAAGUGGUUCAUAUUAACUGCAAAGAUGAUGAAAAGUCUCCACGUCCACCAGAAACCUGCUCUUUACUUCCCUCUCAGAAACACUGCUCAAAACACUGGUCUCUCAGGCUGAGAGAAGGAAAGGGAAGCUGCUCUGGGAGGUUGGAGGUGUAUCAUAACUCUACGUGGGGCUCCGUUUGUGAUGAUCAGUGGAACAUCAUGAACGCUCAGGUGGUGUGCAGACAGCUGGGCUGUGGGUCGGCGCUGAGUGCUGAUGAUCGGUUUGGUUCUGGUGAAGGGACUUUCUGGCUGAACAGAGUGAAGUGUCGAGGGGAUGAGAUUCACCUGUGGGACUGUCAUCAUUCCCUGAAGAAUCACACUGACUGCUCUCCUGCUGGAGUCACCUGUGCAGACAUAUCCACUGUGUCCACUGCUACACCCACCACCACCACCACCACCACCACCAAAUCAGUAAGAACCGAUCUAAACCCUGUGUCACCUGGACCUCCAUCCUCCCCUCCACUGGUUCUCUAUGUGUUGGGAACGCUGCUCUUCCUGGCCUUAGUGCUUCUGCUGGUACUGUUUUACCAGAACAGAGUGCUCAGGAGAGUUGUCUCUAGGACGAGGCGUAAGUCUGAGCCUGAGGCAGUCUAUGAGGAGAUCAACCACAGAUACAUGGCUAGAAGAAGCUUCACACAAAGAGGAAGUCUCCUCUCUGAAGAACAGCAUUCUGGGUAUGAGCAUGUGGAUGAUGAGCUUCUCUCAGUAAAGUCUGGGAUCAAAGAAAAGGCUGAGUAUUAUGAUGAUGUCAUGGACACCAGUGACAUCAUAAGUGAUCCAGGAAGAGUCGACCCACCAGAGGACUACGAUGAUGCCGUCACUGCUGGACCCAUCCCUGAUAACGUGGAUGAGGAUGAAGCUGAGAAUUAUGAUGACGCCAUUACAGCUGAUCAGAAGUCAGUUAUACUGACAGAGGACGUGUCCGAGAACUAUGACGAUGCAGUUACCGCUGAAACAAACACAAACAUCAUCACAGAAUAUGAUGACGUGGAGGAGAAAUCUCAGAACGACAGGGACCAUGUGACUGAGACACGUCUCCAAAGGCCUUUUCUCAGGAAAUUACAUUUCAACUUUUAUAAACACAAAAAAUGACUUUAUUAUACUUCUAAUAAUUUCAUUCAUUCUGAACCAUGUUCAUUUUCUCACCUUGUUAUUAGUAAAUAAAUUAGGGAGAGUUAAAUCACACGUCGUUCACAGGGACUUGUAUGAUGGACGUUACUCGUUAUCUAAACCUAAAAUAAACUGAUUUAAAACAUGUUAUAUAACAAAGAACAGCGUAUAAUCAUUGAUGGUGAUGUUUUCUGAUUGGAGACGUUUAUUUAACAUUUAUAGAAGGAGUCUCGAGUAUCAGCUCUUUGUAACAUUAUUUUAGCAGCUGCAGUUAAAGUAAUCCUGAAAGUCGGGGUGUUGCAGCACCAUCAGCAGCCCUACUUCCUGUCUCCUUGUAUAUAAUGGGUAAUGACAAGAAAUUAGAAUAUUUUGUCUAAAAAAUAUGCAAUCAAAUGUAACUUUUUUCUUUCCAUACUGAGUAAAUAUUGUGUCUUAUGCCGAGUUUUAUUCACAUUUUUAUUGAAUUCUUUAUGUAUUUUCUUAAACAGGUGAUUAAAUGAAAGUUAUUUUAUAAUAUAAUGUGAUGAUGUGAUUUGAGUGACUUUUGUAGUGAUGAAUCUGUGUUCAGUGUCAUUAUAGAACAUCUCAGGCAAUAAAAAUAAAUAAAUAUUUAUAUACUGA